AAAAGCCACACACGGUCCACGACACGGGAGGCAUUUACAGUAUUCAGCAAUGCCCGAAUUUAACCAAAAUCUCCAUUCGAACUCAUUCGAGCUCUGUUCAAUUUGGUUCAAGACAUCACAUUCAUGGCCGCAACUCUUUGUCCAUCAAAAAUUCUUUAUUCAUUCUUGCUCAUCAUCCUUUCUUCCAUCCCUCAAUCUUCAUCCCAAUCUGCUUCUCCUCAGAACUUAGAGACUUUCUUUCCAUUUCCUCUUACACCGCCACAAAAUCAGCCGGUUUUGCCACCGCCCAGUCCGACCAGCCCGGUAUCACCGCCGCCGCUGCUUCCACAGCCUCUACCAGCAAGCUCACCAUCAACAUCCAAGAAGACAGUUGGAGCUGCAGUAGGCAUAACGGCAGCAAGCACUUUGGUUUUAUCAGGGCUGCUCUUCUUUUUAUUCCUUCGAUACUCGAGGCGUAAGAAGGAUGAAACUACUUCUAAUCCAUAUGCAGCCAGCCCUGUUAUGCCACAAAAUGGAUUCACGAGGUUUAAUGGAAAUCUUAAGGGUGUGAUAGUCGACGAAGAUGGCUUGGAUGUGAUUUACUGGAGAGACUUGGAAGGGGAAGAUGGCAACAAGGGAUUUGGAAAGCAGGUUCCCAAGAAUUUAAAGGCAGAAGAAAAGGUAGAAGAAAAGAAUGUAAUCGCUAAAGAUGAUCACAAGAAAUAUGUUCCGCCUGGCACAGAGGUCCCUUUGCUUAGAGGAAAGUCUUCAACCUCCCAGAGUCCUCUUUGGAAUGAUACAAGUCAAGAUAGUGCUUCAAGACCCUAUGGCGGGGUUUCUCUCAUGGCAGUUGGUAAACAAGACUCAUCAAUUCAACUCGGACCACGUACAAAGCCAAUACCAUCAGCACCAGAACCAGCUCCUCCUCCUCCAGCAGCACCAGCUCCUCCUCCUCCUCCACCACCACCACCACCUGCAGUAGAAGCAGCAGCACUGCCACUGGCCGCAGGGGCUGUUCUAAAGGGAAAAGGUCCUUUACAGCCUCCCCCUCCGCCAAUCCCUCCUCGGAAGGGUCCUACUCCUCCACCCCCACCACUACCUAAGGCGAGCAGCUUGGGUUCUGUAUCAAAACCCCCUCCAAUUUCGAAAGGAUUCGCAACCGAUAGUAAAAUGAAGCAGCCCUCAACAGGAGAAGGCGAUGGACAAGUGAAACUGAAGCCGUUACAUUGGGAUAAGGUGAAUCGAAAUGUUGAUCAUUCCAUGGUGUGGGACAACAUUGAGGGUGGCUCCUUCAAGGUUGAUGGUGAUCUCAUGGAAGCCCUUUUUGGAUAUGUUGCAACCAACAGAAAGUCUCCUCGAAGUAAUGAAUCAACCCCAAAGGGAGAUAAGCAAGGUCCAUCCCCUCAGGUUUUCAUCCUUGACACAAGGAAGUCCCAAAAUACAGCAAUUGUGCUCAGGUCUCUUGCCAUUUCGCGCAAAGAGAUUAUUGAUGCUCUCGUGCAGGGAGAAGAUUUAAAUCUGGAAACUCUAGAGAAGCUCACAAGAAUUGCUCCAACAAAAGAAGAGGAAUCAGAAAUUCUUGCAUUUGAUGGAGAUCCUACAAGACUAGCUGAUGCUGAAUCUUUCCUAUACCAUCUCCUUAAAUCUGUUCCAUCAGCUUUUACUCGAUUCAAUGCAAUGCUUUUCAAAUCAAACUUUAAGUCGGAGACUCCUCACCUCAAGGAGUCUUUCCAAACACUUGAUUUGGGGUGCAAGGAGCUACGUGCUAGAGGACUUCUAUUGAAACUUUUGGAAGCUAUCCUUAAGGCCGGUAAUCGAAUGAAUGCAGGGACUUCGAGGGGGAAUGCUCAAGCCUUUAAUCUCACAGCUCUGAGGAAGCUUUCUGAUGUGAAAAGCACUGACGGGAAAACUACAUUGCUCCACUUUGUGGUGGAAGAAGUAGUGAGGGCAGAGGGAAAACGUUGUGUUCUUAACCGUAUGAACCGAAACAGUAGCCAAAGCAGCAGCACUGACAGCUCAGGUCGCGAAAAUUCUCAAUCAAGAGAAGAGAGAGAGAAGGAAUAUUUAAUGCUCGGUUUGCCAAUUGUAGGUGGUCUCAGUGCUGAGUUCUCCAAUGUGAAGAAAGCAGCGACAAUCGACUAUGAUGGCCUUGUUAAAGCCUCUGCAGCAUUAGCAGCUCAAAUAGCUGAAAUUAGGAAACAUGUGCAAGAAUGUGACAGAGAUGGAGGAGGAUUUGCAAAAGAGAUGAAAACUUUCCUACAUGCAGCCGAAGAAGAACUCAGAAACAUAAGAGAGGAGCAGAGCAGAGUGAUGGAACACGUGAAGAGAACAACGGAAUACUUUCAAGCAGGGGCAUCGAAGGAUAAGGGGUGGCAGCCACUUCAAAUUUUUGUUAUAGUUACAGAUUUUCUUGGAAUGGUGGAUAAAGCUUGUGUUGAUAUUACUAAAAGCCUACAGAAGGGAAAACCUGCAUCAGCUACUAGUGCUGGAUCAUCGUCCCCUGAAUCUCCAAAGACUAGGCCAUCUGUUAAGUUUCCAAAAUUGCCUGCUAAUUUUUUGUCAUCUAAAGAGCAGUUCUAGUGAUUCAGACGGUGAUUGAAUAAGCCCUUGAAAAGUUCAAGGAGGAUCCAGUUCUGUACAUAGUACAUUGACAAACGGACAGCAGGAAGGCACAAGUACAUUUAACCAUUUAUCAGGGAAGUUUCUUCAAAUGUGAGAUUCUUUUCCAUUCGUGUCUUGAAUUUUGGUUUCUAGUUAGGAAUUCAUUUUUUAUGAUAACAAUCAUUUGAUCCAUUUUAUUAAGUAAAUUGUCGACAAGGAUAUGGAGCUUUCCAUUUUUCAUCGACU